UUCUCCAAAUAGCUUAGAAAAUGUAGAAAUAUGACAAAUAAGUAAAGUAGAUUUUACUGUUGUAUGUAUGACAAUAGUUAUUCCAAAAGAAAACUGCUGUUGCAAAGCAAAUCACUACUGUAUGUGCUCUCUGCAUCACUCUGUAUCUGUAAAGUAAAAUUUAAAGAAUUUAGAUAUGGUUGUAUACUUCACUUUUUAUCAAUCACAAGUUAGAAAAAUGGAAACUUUAUAGCUCUUAAAGAGAAAAACACCCUAUAGCUACUGUAUCUGGCACAUUUUGCUUAAAAAUGUAUUGUUGUCUUUCGAGGUGACAUCUUUAAAUCUUUUUCAAGGGAUUUGUGCACAUUUCAUUUUUUGAUGAUGAAAACAUGCUGACAAACCCACUUUUUAACCAGUAACUUUUACCAGCAUUCUUCCUGCCUUUUGCUCCUGAAUAACAAGUUUUGGGUUGAUACAGCUGCACAGUUAAAUGUCAAAUGAUUGGCAAUUUAGUUAAUUAAAAAUUGGCUUCGAAAGACUUUUUUGUGAUUGAAGAUUGAAGUAGAAAAAUUAUCUUCUGGUCUACGGUGAUUAAUAUCCUUAAAAAAAGAAAUACCAUUUUAGUGAGUGGAAAGUGAAAGACACCUGUAUCUUACUAUCUGCAUUACUCAGAUUUAAUCAGAUUAUUAACAUUCUUAAUGGGUUUUUUUUGUUUGUUUGGAUGCUAAUCCAGUAAAAUGCAAAGGAUUUAUUAUUUAUUCCAUAUUGCAUCUAAAGCACAUUUUCAAAAGUUUAUCCUCUAAAUGAGGAACAACAUGUGUGCUAUCUGGUAGAUUAUGGCAUAUAUGUCAGGGUUGUGCAGUAUGUUACAUCAAUAUCAUGAUAAGAGAGUACAUAUCAUCUUAGAUUUGUAAGUGUUGUCUUUCUGGUUUUAAAAGCUGCAUUACAGUAAAGUGAUGUAAUUUUCUGAACGUACCACACUGUUUUAACUGUUGUAUUAUUUGCCUUUACCCACUCAGUCAUUAUAUCCACAAUACUGAUGAUUAUUUAUGAAAAAUCUAACUGUGUAAAUAUUUUGUUAACGCACCAAUGGUCAACCCCACAAUAUCAUCACAAUUUCAACAUCAAAGCAUUUGGUAGAGAAAAAAAAGAUAGAUUUCCUACAUUUAACCCAGCCCUUGAAAUGUCCAACAAAUGAGACAUUUAUAUUGUAGAAUACUCAGUCACACACUUGAUUAUGGUUGGCAGUAAACUUGUAUAGAUUAUUAUACAUCACAUUGAUGCAGAUUGUAUUAUGUAGAUUUUAUUGCAUUAUAAAAAUAGACUCUGGAGGACUGUUGACAGGCUUCUCCACUUCAAAGGCUGAAAUUAGUUUAAUCACUUCAUCUUUUUAUUCAUGUUUCCUUCCAGAGAAGUUCGAUUCUUCGAGAUCUAAAUUGGAUUAUCUAACCCUGGAUAGAUGACUGUCAGCUAAUAAACAGACAACCAGGACUUACAUUUUUAGUUGAGUAUUGGCACCAGGAGGACUAACCCUCAACAGAAUUGCCUUCAGAGCAGCAAAAUGUCAAACACUGACUUGGAGAGACUUGAGUUUUUCAACAGUAUCCUGAAUGGUUGCGGUGUAGGGCCAUCCUGUAAUAACUCUCUGAUUUUCAACAACACAUGCUUUGAUAAUGGGCUGGAGAUUUUUGAUGAUGAUGGAUCUCCCUGGCUAAGGAUAGUCAUCUCUGUGGUGUACUUUGUUGUGGCUACAGCCGGAGUGGUGGGGAAUUUAUUAGUGAUGUUCUUGCUGUAUUCGACUCACACCAUCACAACAGGCACCAUCAACUUCUUUGUGUUCAACCUAGCUUUGGCUCAUUUGCUGUUCUCCCUAGUCCUGCCAUUUUGGGCCAUAGACAUUGCACUGGACUACAGUUGGCCCUUUGGCCGGGUCAUGUGCAAGGCUGUGUCCUUACUCACUGGGCUCAAUGUCUUUGCUAGCUGCUUUUUCCUGACAGCUAUGAGUUUGACCCGGUACUGCUAUGUGGCUACUGCUCUCAAACCCAGCGCCUCCCAGUGCAGUAGAUCUUGCACUUCUCCGGUGGCCACAAUUUUUAUCUGGGCUGGCGCACUCAUAGCAGCGGCUCCCCGUGCAGUGUUUGCAGACCUGAAAAAUGUAGGCAACGACACAGCAUGUCUGCUCCGUUUCCCAGAUGGUACAGCCUUGCUUGGAAUAAACCAGCUCCUGCGAGUGGUGCUGGGAUUUCUGCUGCCCUACGCCACCAUAAUCCUCUCCUACCUACUUCUGCUGCGCUUCCUCUGUCGGCAUAAAGUGAAGGGCAGCAACUCUCGGCGAAAGACUGAUAUUUCAAAAUCUGUGGCAGUGGUAGUGCUUUCAUUCUGUGCCUGCUGGUUCCCCUACAAUGUCCUCACAUUUUGGAGUGUCCUGAUCCAACUUGAUAUUGUUGGUAUCAGCCCCUCAUUCUACUUGGCUCAAACAUACUUUUUCCCUCUGGCCAACUGCUUGGCUUUCGCCAGCAGCUGCUUUAACCCCGUCAUCUACUGCCUGGUGAGAAAAGAAUACCGUGUUGCCCUCCAUAACAUGAUCUGCAAAUUGAGCCUGGCUUUUAUGUCCAAGAUGCCCUAUGGCAUUAAUUCUGAGGAGGCGUCGGGACAAACUGGGCAACUGGCCAUUCCACUCAAUAACAUGUACAGCGAGACAAUCCAAACUGACACACGGAGCUAUGCACCUCUGUCAACUCUUCCAGCAGUGGUGUUCACCCUGAAAAGGCACAACCAACACUAACUCUAACUCUUAACAUUUUACACCCAUACUGUAGUUUUAGGUAACAAGGAUGGUAUACCUGUCUUUUCCUCUAAGGAUGUAUGUACAGUAUGUAUAUUUCAGAUCAGUUGUUAACAAGCUGCACCUAAGCUUUUGUGGGUCUUGUAUCAUACAGUUUGAGCUUUGUGAAUGGACUGCACUACAUGGGUCUUAUUCAGUGGAGGCACAAUAAAAGCUUUUUAGGUAAAUUCAUUCACUAAUUCACUACAAAUUUAACUACAAAUUUCUAUGUGCAAGAUUAGCCUUCUGUUACUUUUCAUCUCCAUCGUCUUAUUAUUGUUGUAUUAUUAACAUGAAAUACUAUUCGAAAGCUUAUUAUUGUGUAAAACUAAUGUACAAAUGUCCACUACUGCAGUUUAGAACAAAUAACAUUGCUGCACUUUAUGUCUGGAUUGUGGUUGUCACAUUUUUGUCAUUUAUUUGAAUAGAAAUUAAUAAAUAAAAUAUUCCUAACUUGAGCUUUUUACUACUUAUUGUGUUUUGCAUGUUACCCAGUCCCACAACAGGUUUGCUCCUUAUAAUGUGCAGCAAAAAUUCUAUAUUUUAUACAUUAUAAAUAAUCACACUUGUCUAGGGUGGAAUGAAAAAUAUGAAGGAAGAUGGAAUUGUUGUAUAUUGCUGCAGUUUAAUGACUUUCUACAUGAAAUCAAAAUUUUGUCAUGUUAAAAAGUACAAAAAAUAUAAUUUAACAUCCAAAAUAAAAUGAAAGCUACUGUAUGACCAAUACUGUGAAAACAAAAAAUCCCAAUCUGCCAUUUAUUUUUCUGUCUGUGAUCCCAGUACACCACAAGAUGGUGUUGUUGUCCAACUCAAAAAAACUGAAAGCAGCUUAACCUCAUCUGACACACGUUGAUUGCAGCACAAAUACAACAAUAGGUACAUAAUAAAGUAAAAUGAAUAAAUUAUAAGAAAUAUUUUAAAUACAAUAUAAUGAUAUAGCAUGAAAAAUAAUUAAGUAUAGAAGGGCAUUUGGUGCCAAAAAUUAAAAGAUAAAGUGUCUCAGUGAUGUGGUUAAAGUGACAGAGAUGGGCUAAAUAGCAGGAAAGUCGUCAACUGUAUGUUAACAAUGUAGACAGACUAAUAUAUCACAUGAUUAUGAUAUGAUUAAGUAAAGGUACAUAGUGUUUGUCUGUAUUGAUGUAGAAAUGUCAUAGAAAUAGAAUAAACAUGUUAUCAUGAUGUAAAAAUCAGUGUAACAUAUUAAUGUAUGUGUGUAACUUGACUUCUUCUCCAGAGCCUUUGUGCUCCACUGUCUCUUAAGUUAACUCGUAUUCAGCGGUGCCUGGAUAGCGUGACGUGUGUGGUUGUGCAGCCGUGGUCCUGCCAGAUGCCUCCUGCUGCUGCUGCUGCCAUCAUUAGUCAUUAGUCAUACUUCUACUGUUAUUAUACACAUAUGAUUAUUGUCACAUAUGUAUACUAUCAGAUAUUAAUAUAUACUUUCAACAUAUUGUACCACAAUAGCCAGAAUUAUAAAUAUAAUAUUAUUACUUUCAUUAAUGUUGUUGUAAGCUAUUACCAUUACCGUCUGUCCUGCAUCUCUCCCUGUCUCCCUCUCUCUCUCUCUCUCUCUCUCUCUUUCUGUGUCAUUUUGUCAUACGGAUUACUGUUAAUUUAUUAGGUUGAUCUGUUCUGUACAACAUCUAUUGCACGUCUGUCCUUCCUGGAGAGGGAUCCCUCCUCAGUUGCUCUUCAUGAGGUUUCUAACACAUUAAUUUUGUAAAACUUUGUCAUAUUUGUCAUAUAGUGCAUAAAUUCUUGAGUUAUGGCCAAAAAGAAAAAUGUUUUGUGAGGUCCUAGUGAGCUGCAUCUUUGAUCAGCAAAUUCUAAUCAGGACAUUCUUGAGUCCAAGUAGAAGUCUGAUUUGAUUUAAAUAAAGUCAUAGUAUAGUAUGUAAAAUUUCAUUUAAAAAGCCACAGUAUAGUACACCAUAAGAUUUCUUAAAUUUAACUCUAAUUGGCAACUGGGUGGCACUAUAACAACAGAAAAAUGCUUAAAAAUGGCUAAGAUGCGACCGAUUGUUGUGGCUCCCCCUGUGGCUGAAUGUUGUUUGUUUUUCCUAAUAUUUGGUAUGACUAAGUCAUGGUAUGGUAUGCUGUAUAUAAUCACAGAAACUGUCAGUGUGUCAUUCUGUCAGUCAGUCAUUCUGUCUGUCCCAUGUUUGACAAAUGAUACCAUUUUACCACUAUUGGUAAUGGUACUACUGUACUU